CUAUCUCUAUGCCUGUAUGCGUUUCUCUGUGUGGAACUUGCUAAACAAGCACAUGGUUUGAAACCAUUCAUUCAUCUCCCUGCUCUCCAGCUGCUGUCAUGGCAACCAUGUAUGACUGGCAGAAAACAGACUGCGGUCUCUGAGCUCCAGUUAACCCGGAGGGUUUAGGCAUAAACACACUCUUGGGCAGAUGAAGAGCUGCGAUAUUGAGACACCAGGCCAGCCACAGACUGUGAGAAUAUGAUGCACCAUCUGGCAUAUCAACCUCUGCUUCCCACUGUAAACAAAUAUCUUCAGCAGAAAUGGGACCAGUCUUCAUAUGAUUUACACAAGAGAAAGGUGAAGUCAGCUAAACCAACAAUAAACACAACUCCACCAAAGACCUAUGGUCACGUGGCUCUGAAGCUGAAGAAACUAAAGCUUGAAGAGGAGUGGAUAAUGAAGAUUCAGAGGGAAAACAAUAUGCUCAUGGACAAAAUAUCACACAUCAUGAGGACAACCGGAGGAGUUGACAACAGGAAUUACUAUGAAAGGAAAAGCCUUGGCAAGGAGAAGCGACAGCUGGAGUUGCUCCGUAUUACCAAGGAGAAUCAAAUGAUCCUGCUCCGUCUGAGCCAGUGCAGGCCUCACUAUAAUGUGAGGAGGUGGCAUGAGGAUUGGCUCCAAACUCUCAAGGUGAUGGACGCCAUUGCACGUUACCCACGAGGAGCAAAUCAACAAAAGAGCCAAGAAAAUUCCAGUAAGAAGAGUUGUGGCUGUGAGAAAGAAAAAAAGACCAGUGCUGAUGAAACCACACACAGCCCUGUGAACAACAAGACCAGGGGCAAAGCAAAAUCUAAGGAAAAUAAAAGCAGGAAAGAAACCACCAAGAAAGAGAACACUGGAACUGAGCAAGAGGAGGCGACUACACACCCUGCCCCUAAACCAAAUGUACCUGAGAAAUCCAUCUCACCAGAUACACUUGAGAAUCCUGGUUUUUCUGACACCAUUCAAGUCGAAACGUCCUUGGCUUGUGAUGGACCUGAAAUGUCCAACACUCCUCACACACCUAAAACAAAUGAGCAGGAGACCACAAGUACUGAGGAGGGAUAA